UAUGCAUUCGAUUUGUUGCGAGUGCAACACUUGCUUUCGUAUCAUUCGUGACGAUGUUCUGAAAAGUUGCAUGUGGUCGUGUAUGCAUGUUUUGCUUGCGAGCUGACGAUGCGCCUCAGAUAAGAGAGUGAACACAUCGGCAUCGUAAUAUUCGACUGAUUGAAAUGGGUAAUCAAGCGACACGUGUAGGCCAUGUAUCCGCGAAGAAGGCUGACGUUGUCACGCACACCGGCGAAAGUGCAAAUAGCGCGAACAACCUCUCGAAGAGUUCCUCGGGGACCGAGUUGGAAAGCAACACGCACAUGCAGUUCCUUCCGAUUGAGAAUCUGGCGAAGAUCUUAUCUCAUCAAACUCACGAUGAAGAACGUAUAAAUGGAAUUACAGCAUCUGUGUUUCAACGCUAUCUCUUCCCCAAUUACCCGGAGUUAGGUGAAAAAUUAUUCAAUCAUCUUCAUCACGCUGCCAAUGUUAGUACCUCAUAUCUGAGUGCCAAUUGUUUCAAACAACAAGCAGAAAAGUUCCUCGCAGUGAUGAAUGAUCAAGCCGUACUGGAGAAUUAUGUGAAGAUGUAUUCAGAUAUAAAAGGAGAUGGAAAUAUAAAUCCAGAUGGAUUGAAGGCCUUAUUGAACAUUUCUUACGACAUUUUUAUGAGUAAUAGCGGACUUUCUUCUUGUAUCUAUAAAGGUCAAAUAAUUGAUUCAGCUGUCUCGUCAUGUUUCCAUGGCAAAAAUGCUUUGUCUGUGAGUUAUGUGAGCAAUUGGAUUUGGCAGAAUUGUGCACGUGUAAUAUAUGGCCCUCAUCGCUACAUAAUACACGUGCUAACAACUGCUUACAGAAAUGGCAACGCUCUCUUAUCUAAAGAACAGCCGCAACCACAUUUGUUGAUACCAACACCUAUACUGGAACAACCAGACUUUCCAUGUUUUCCUCAAGUUUUAUUACCAAUGAGCUACGUGUGGUUAUUAUCGAGCACGUUACCCGAAUGUUAUCUUCAGGCAGAUAAUUCACCAAAAGAUAUUACUCAUGCACUGAUAGCUAAAAGAAUGGGCAACCUGUGCCCUAGACACUGGACAUUAUUAUACAACAGUUCGGAACAUGGCACAGGAGCUAAUCGCUUUCUUCACCAUGUAUUGGGAUACAGAGGUCCCACUCUGUUAUUUAUACGAACUGUUAGUCCAAACGAAGAUACUUCGCGUCCUAUAUAUUGUAUAUGUUCAGCGAUAGAAUGGCGUGAGAGUCACUUAUAUUGGGGCGACGAAGACACUUUGGGUAUUGAACUAUUUCCUUCGUACAGGAUUAUUGAAAAGGGAGCUAAAGUAUUGUAUUUGAAUACUAAUAUCAGAGGCUAUCCUCAUGGAUUACGAUUUGGAAGUAAUCCUCGCUCCCCAUAUAUUAAUAUAGAUGAAUCAUUCCAUUCAGUCAGUAUUGCAGGUGCACCUUACCCAAUUUCUAGCUUAGAAGUUUGGGGUUGUGGCGAUGCAAAAUUAAGGGAACGUCAAUUGGAAAUUAAAAAGUGGCAAGUGAAAGAAGCAGAAAAACAAAGAAUCGUUAAGUUAAGCGCUAGCGAUUGGCAAGAUCACCCUGAUCGUUACUUACUUGAAUUAGCAGGUAGGGCAUCCUACAAUGAAUCAAAUAAAUAGUCGCAGUAUAAUGUUCUAUUAUAGCAGAAAAUUAAUUUAGGAUUUUAGUAUGUUAUUUGUACAUAUGUAUAUAUUGUCAAGUAUAUAAUUGCUCGAAUAUGUACUUAUGCUGUACGUGUAAGAUUGCAAACACCAUAUUCGAUUUACAAAGUACGAAGUACCAUAGCAUAUAAACUAUAGAUUGUACUAUUGAAAGGGAAAGUUUCUUAAUUUAUUUUUUAUGAAGCUGUUACUUAAAAUCGAAGUAUUUACUUCAAAAACCUAAUAUAUAAUAUAUUUUUAAACAGUACUUUCAUGCUCAAUAAUAUUAGCAUAAAGAUUACAAAGCUCAGGUAGAGCUUUGAGCUAAAGAUAUUCAGGAUAAAAAUGUGCUAUCUUACAUAGUAAUGAUUAAAAAUUUACAGUAUAAGAAUCAAAUAAAUGACUUACACUGUAGACUUUUAAUAGAAUAUUAAAUAUAUACAUAUACUUGUUGGAAAUGUAAUAACUACAUAGGUGCUAUUGCACAUUUUUAUAUGAGUUUUAAAUAAAUGUGUUUUAGUUAUGUACGUUAAA